GGUAUUUAUUUGGCAACGAUACAUAUGUACCCAUAUCGGUCAAAGCAUCUCUCAGGUUAUUGUCUCUAUUGUAUUGUGCAUGGGGUCGUGCUUCCAUUGAAAUCUCCGUAGUCUUUCUUUGCCAGAGCCUGAUCAUAGGAGAACCUCCACCGUGAAUGUCCCCUUCGUCACUUCCACCGCUUCCGGCUGAAAGACCCGCAGCCCAGCUCAUAGAUCCAGAAAUAUGGUGGCGAGACCGGUGUGAAUGGCUCAAGGGCCAGGGCUAUUUGCUACGUUCUAGAUUUCGCCCCGGUUGGAAACCCUCGUGGACUGGAUUGGGGGAGUUCGGUGUGAGCUAUGAAGAUGCAAAGAUUCUCCUGCGUCCCGCAGUCAUUGAUGCAGUCAGAGUGUCGGACGGGGAGCAGGUUAUUCUCAAGAAAAUCAAGAUAUCAGAACACCCAUUCGAAGAGGACCUAACACGAUACCUUGGCUCUGGACCAUUGGCUUCAGAACCUCAUAACCACUGCAUUACGUUGUUAGAUGUAUUACAUCCACCAGACGAUCCGGACCUUGUAAUUCUCGUCCUCCCGUUAUUGUUACCAUUUUACAAGCUGGCAUUCAUGACCAUUGGCGAGGCGGUCGAUUUCAUGCAACAAAUGUUCGAGGGUAUAAAGUUUUUACAUGACCAUCUCAUCGCACAUCGGGAUUGCAUGUCCCUGAACAUCAUGGUGGACCCAAAGCCGCUUUACCCCAACAUGUUUCACCCUGCAGACCCAGAACGAUCUCGUGACUGGAAGGACAAAGCGAGACACUAUUCGCGAACCACGCAUCCCACCAAAUAUAUUAUCAUCGACUUCGGUAUCUCGCGUCGAUACAGACCCGAAGAUAUGCCACCUCUAGAGCCGCCUAUCAUGUCGGCAGACAGAACGGUCCCAGAGAACCUCAAGGAUGAGCUGUGUAACCCCUUUCCAACAGACAUAUACCUCAUAGCGAACGUUAUUCGCGAGCAUUUCCUCGACGUAUACCAAGGAUUGGAUUUCAUUUCUCCACUCGUUGCCGAUAUGAUGCAGGACGAUGCAGAGAAACGACCCACGAUAGAUCUAGUUGUGGCUCGCUUCGACAAGAUUUGGAGUGUUGCAGGGCUUUUCAGAUCCGGGGCACAUAUAAUCCGAACCGCUAGCUACAUGCUCAAGGGUUUAGAUCCUAUUCCAACCCCAAAGACGUAGAAACGCACAACUCGUUUCUUUCUCUUGUUUUUCUGUAGGAUACCAUACGACCUGGCGUCGUACAUACUUACCGCUGUUCAUGUUGCUCCUUGGAUCGUACUAUUCAUGCUCUUUCACUGAUGGCGUAUGACAGAUGAAGCGAUGUCGACCAAGUCCGCAUGCGCCAGAAGAUACGGACAAUGCGAAUAUGGAGUUCUUCGACACCCAAUAUGUGCAUCAGAGUUUCCGAGAUGACUUCCGAAUCGUCCGAGCUCGUAAUCGUUUCGGUCAACAGUUGGGAUGAUAGUCGUUAUUGACUAGGAGAACAGAUGUCUAACGAGGGACCACCUUGAUGGCAUGCGGAACCAAAAUCAAAAUCCACCAGGCAA